ACCUGACGCCCGUCAAUCAGCUGAGCUCCCUUCGACGGAUAGGUUACAACUACAAUGUAGCCAGAGUUUUGAACGGUAGGUCGUUCUUCAGUUAGUGUGAUGCCAUAGAGGAAUUUUGGCCAGGAAUGUCCUACUUUCACAAGCAUUUUUCGACUUUCAAAGUCAUACGAUUUUUGUCAUUGCAAAGGCCUGUUAGCAUAAUGUAGCUAACAGUAUAUUUUUUUGCUAGCAAGAACUGUAUUCUGUCUCAGCUAUUCAUUGAGCGGCAUGCAGGCAGCUAGCUAGCGUUAAAUAGUCCCUAGCCUAGGCAGUCUCACACGUUUCUUACUUUGCUGUGGACAACAAUUAAAAUGCGAAUUGACUGGAAGAACUAGCUAGCUAGUACAGCGCAAAAUAAUGAUAUGGGUCAAAGGGAUAUUGUAUCCUACGAGACGGUGAGAAGGAAAAGCGGAAUUCGAACUGCCUCGAUGUGUCGUUUGGAUGUGGAGUCUGCCGUGAAAGGACCUGAACAACAUGGAAAUGACCUCCCUUCGUCAAGGUACAUGGUGGGCCGCGGGGUGAAGCGUAAGCUUAGGGUAUGCGAGGACCUGAUGCUGGACCUGCCAUACCCUCAGCAGAGGCAGCUGGUGCUGGACCUGUGCCUGGACAAGCUCCAGAGCUACCAGCGGCAAGCUGAGCCCAGCCUGCACCGCUCGGUGCUGCUGGCUAACACUCUGCGCCAGAUUAAACAGGAGAUGAGGCAGGAGGGAGGCCCGCACCCUCUGGAUUCCCCCCCUCCAGCCCCCUCACUGCCUCGCGUGCCCUCCGACUGCCCCUCCACCCUAGUGACUGCACUGUCCUCACCCUCACUGCUUUGUGAAGAUGACGCAGAGUCUGCCUGCACAGGGCUUCCUGAGAGACGGGGGUCGGAGGACGACAGAAAGUUGCCGGUUCUGCUGUUUGGAUCCUUUGAAAUCACAAACUCCACCAGUUACCUGACGGACCUGCAGCUGGACGACAUCUUCGAGGACAUUGACACGUCAAUGUACGACCCGUCUGACUUCUCUGUCCUGGCCUGCCCCCCUCCCAGCGGGAGCAGCAGAGCCUCCUUGGGGAAUGACGACAACCUCAAGGGAUUCUCCACCUGCACCUCCUCCAGCAUCACCCUGCAGCGGUGUCUCAACGACCUCAACGACCUCGACCACAUCAUGGAGAUCCUGGUGCGCUCCUGACUGACUGAUUUGGCGCCAUAUCACAGCUGCCCAUCAUUUUAUGAUCUUGGGGUGGGAAGAAUGACUAAUAGAUUUUUUAAGUCUCUAUUUUUAUACAAAGAACUUGGAAUAUUUAUACAAAAGUACUGACAGUUACCUGCCCAAUAUACCUCUACUGUAUGAUGAAUGCAUAUUUCUGGUGGCCCGCUGGUGCCAGCUUUUCCUUGAACAAGAUUACAUUUAAUAAGCAGUGACUUAGAGCAACAAACACAAAGUAUUACCGUUUACUUAUUUAUAUUGGAUUCACCAGGACGACCUGUGAAACAAGGACAUUUUUGUGGAUGGAUUCCACCAUGUAUUUCUGGAGCAUUACAAUAAUUUAUCAAUAAUUAAAUAGACUGGGACUUCAGUACUCACACUACCUCGCUCUAAAACCAACAGCUCUCUGUCUGACUAUUCAAAGAGCUUCACUUAUUGUGUUCCGAUUGGUCUUGUUCCUUUUAACAUAGAAAACUGUCAAUAAUGCAGAUAUUUUAUCGCCAGAGAAUGCCUUCCUGCUGAUGUGAGUCUCAAAACAUAGCCGAUAAUUCUGUGACUUUACACUGAUGCCUUGUCCAUCCAUUUUGGUCAUUUUAAUCAGAUGGUAGCGGACAACAAAAUGUAAUCUGCACUAGAAUUUGAUGAAUAUUUGGUUUGCGGUUUAGUCGCUUACAUGUUUUGAGAAUCUCAAGGUGACAUUGUAUUGAUUACUUGGGAUGAUCAAUGUUUUGUUAGACUCUGGAAAAUGCAUUCGUUUGAAUAUUUAGUGGUGUCUGUCUCAUUUGAAGAGCUGUACAUACAUUUGAAUACAAUGUAUAUUUUCCACUUUAACGAUUGUUAAAAAAUGCAGACACCGAGGUAUCCAUAGACUUGGAAUAGUCCCAGUCGCUAUUCACGUAAUAAUAAAGGAAUUCCCCUCGACCACG